AUGGAUGCCUCGGGCAACGUUCCGGGCGCCUCAGCCAUCCAACAGCAGCAGCUAGCAUCCAUGAUCCGACCAGAACAGGUCAAAAAACUACCGCAUCUCAACGACGAGAAGAAGCAGCAGCACGAAGUAAUCAUCCAACGGCUAUGGACAGCCCUGCGUGGAAAUCCUCAGGGAAGUCCAGAAUACCAGAAGGCGAUUGCUAGCCUGGCUCAGGUGUCGACGAGCCUGAUGGCCGGCAUGAAGAGGUAUAAUGCACAGCAGCUACAACAAAGGCAACAUCAUGAAGCGGUAAUAGCACAACAAGCUGGCCCAUCGAAUGAAGCGGAAGGGAACCGGCCUGCUGGACUGGGCCUCCAGCCCAAUCAGAUCAUGCAGCAUAUUCAGGCAAGGGUCAACAACUAUCCGUUUUCGCUCCCGCCCACCAUGGCUGAGGGUUCGCCGCAAGCAGAAACCUGGUUAAGAGAAGCUCGGAACAGACUGGCUCAGGCCAUGCAGAGAUCUGAACAUGCGCAGAAGAGGAAAGCAGAUAUCCAAGCAAGCGCACAAGCAAGAGCUCAGAGUGGCAAUCCGCUUGCUCCACAAGAACAAGAGGCUCUGCGUACCAAGCUCAUGCAGUGUAACAAGGUGCUGGCAGAGAGUAACAGCUUUAUGGAGAAAUUUAAAGAACAACAAAAUCAGUUCCGCAUAAGCGCACAACAGCAAAGAUAUGAGGCGCAGAAUCCGGUGAACACCGCACCAAGUGACAACGCCAACCAAGCCGAGCCAAGCAUGCCAACUGGGCAAGCUUCGUCGCAAGGAGGGCCACAAGCACUUUCGAUCAGUUCUGCGGUGUCUGCAGCGCGUGAUCGAGCCACCAACGCUGCUGCCAACCAAACAGGUUCUAUAAGCCCUACAAAUUCGCAACCACAACCCUCACAGACAGCAUCCGGUCAGCAACCGCAACCACAAUCAACUCCACAGUCAGCAAUGACACCAUCCCAGCAGAACGGGGCUCCGAUGCCCUUUUCUGCCCAGUCUGCUCUGCAGCACUCUAACUCCAACUAUGGACAAAGCCAACCGCAAUCUGCCACUCAUGCUCACCCACCUCAGAAUGUCGGCUUCAUGAAUCCUGGCAAGAAAGAAGAACGCCUCAACAUUCCCAAGAACCUCAAUGUUACCGCACCUCGGCCAGUACCGAUGCCCCCUGCCCGGCCAACCUUGAACGGUGGACCAGGUGUCGGCAUGCCAGGCCAGCUGGGUGAACCUGCUAUUCCGACGAUGCCUGGCUAUGUUCUCGAAACCAGCGAAGAUGGGCGGGUCCUAUCAAGGAAGAAACUAAAUGAGCUCGCGCACGAGGUCUGUGGUCCGGGAGAAGAAGAUAUGCUUACUCCUGAGGCUGAAGACAUCAUGCUCAACGUAGCGGAUGAUUUUGUCGACGACCUCAUCAGCACCGCCUGUAAAGUGGCCAAACUCCGCGGCGCUUCCUCCCUCGAAAUCCGCGAUAUCCAACUCGUUCUCGAGCGUCAAUGGAAUAUCCGUGUCCCCGGCUUCAGCAGUGAUGAGAUCAGGACGUACCUGUCCCCCUGUCCCUGGGCUCCUGGCCUGUUAAAUGUCUUUCCGUAG